AUGUCUACGUCCUGGGAUAACGCUAGACACUCUUGGGAAGAAGGAGCCAAGCGUGUCAAAGGCGCAUGGCAAGGCUUCAAGGAGUUCUUGUUGCGAGAAUCCGUGCUCGAAGUUGCCGUCGGUCUUAUUAUCGCCUCGGCAUUUACACGCAUUGUCAACUCCAUGGUCACGGAUAUGAUACUCCCAUUCAUCGCUCUGCUUCCUAUAUUUAACCGAAAUCUACCGCAGCAGUUUAUCACGCUGCGAAAGGGCCCCCAUCAGCCUCAGGGUGGCUACAACACGAUUCAGCAAGCGGAAGCAGAUGGUGCUAUAUAUCUCGCAUACGGUCGGUUCAUCGAUGCAGUUCUCAACUUUGUCGCAAUCGGUUUCGUCCUCUACCUCAUUGCCCGGUUUUAUGGAUACGUCAGUGGAGACUCUAUCAUUAAACAUUCGACCAAGUGCAACUAUUGCCGCAAGGAGAUUUCGGAGAAGGCGAGUCGUUGUGCCUUCUGCAGCAGUUGGCUCGAUGGAAGAGAAGACAGGGAGACGAGUGCACUUGCUCCUGCUACUCAAUGA